AUGGCAUUCUUUGGGCCUCCAGGUACUCUAAACGAUAUUAACGUUCUUGACCGUUCACCUGUUUUCAACGAUAUUUUACAAGGUCGAGCUCCUAAAGUGCAAUAUUGGGUUAACGGACACAAGUAUAAGUUGCCAUACUACCUCACUGAUGGAAUUUAUCCGAAAUGGGCAACUUUUAUACCAUCUAUUCCAAUUCCUGAAGGUGAUAAGGCAACACGUUUUGCUACAGCUCAAGAAUCAUACCGAAAAGAUGUCGAGCGUGUUUUUGGAGUUCUACAAGCCCGAUUUGCAAUCGUCAGAAAUCCAGCUCUUUUUUGGGAUAAUGAAAAAAUUGGAAAAAUUAUGCGAGCAUCUAUCGUACUACACAACAUGAUAGUAGAAAACGAAAGAAGUGGCUACACCCAGUAUAACAUUCAAGAAUUCCAACAAGGAGAAUCAAUCAGAACUUCAGAAGUAGACAUGACGUACUCUACGAAUAUGCCUACAAACCUCACCAAUUUAAUCAGCAAUCGAAAUGAUAUACGUGAUAGAAAAAUGCAUGACCGUUUGAAAGCGGAUUUGAUUGAGCAUGUCUACAAGUUUGGAACUUCUCAAGAAUAA